AUGCACCAAAUGUUUUCAGUGGGUGACAGGUUUGGGCCGUCGGCAGGUGCAGUUUUGGGAGACCAUGCUACUGAAAGUAAAGUAUCGGAAUGUGAAGAAGUACAGUAUGUCAGUUGGCACUCAGGUAUCACCUAUGAAGACUUCAUCAGUAAAGUCAAAGAGAAGUUUGGCCUUCCUGACGCCACUGAACUUGACGUGUUCGAUGAUACGGACACAGCAGUUGAUGAAGACAUUAUCACUGAAUUAUUGGAGUCCAAUCCAGAUGUAUGCUUGACAGUCCGUGAAAAAACUUCAGAUGAAGACCAUUCAACACCUUCUACUUCAGAUACUUCAUCUUCUCUCACGGACACCCUGUCCCUUUCAUCAAGCGACAGCGACCUCAGAGAUAAAGGCAUUCCUACAGGCCGUAGUAGGUCAAGCAUAGAAGGUAGUCCCUCUGCGCAGAUGGUCAAAAAUGCCUUGCUUGGGAAAUCUGGAGGAGAGGAUAUUCUUGAGGAGUAUAGAUCAGAAAACUCACUGAAGCACCACACCAGGAGGCAGCUUGUCAACAUAUUGGCAAGUCAUAUGACUGAGAGACAUGGACAUAUUCCCACCCGCCAGCAGAGGGAGAAAUACGCGCUAGGAAUCGUUACACUUUUUCCUGCACUGAAGGAUCCAUUCUCAUCUAAAGGCUAUGUAAAUCUAGACUUCACCCUGCUGUUUGGUAUUGAAACAAGUUCCAAGUUGCUUAACAAGUGGGACACAACAUUCAAGUUAAAGAUCAUCAAAGAAGCCACCCAGCUGACUCAAUCAACUGAUCUGUGCCGUCUGUUAAAAGCGGCUGAGAGACACCCAGAGAAUGAUUCUGGACUCAAAAAGAGGACCAAGAUCAGCCCAAGUGAUGCAGCUGAUAAAAUGGUGCUCUUCCACAAGUCAUGCAGCAGCAUAGAUGAACAUCUACAAGAGAAAGAAGGAAAGCAGCCAGUCAUCCUUGCGGUUGGCUGUGCCCGCAACAAGAUCGACACCUACUACAUCGCCGUUGACAAACAGCUCAUUCCAUGCCAUGCCAGCAGCUCCCUGAGUGCUUUUCAUGAACUUUUCAAAUGCCACUACGUCUUCAACCUGUUGUAUGCUGAGUCUCUGGUCCAUCUGUACACCUUUGUACAGACCGCUGUAUUCAACAUCGAUGUAACCUCCACAGAAGAGUCACCACGUGUCCGUGAGUUGCGUGCCAAGAUUUUAAAUGACAAUGUAUAA